GUUCUAUGAUCAAGCGUACUGAAAGUUUCAGUAGAAAGGUAAAUUCAUUUCACUUGUCUAUACUGCCGUAUAGUAGCGCAGACCUGACAGUAAUGCUUUUCAUAAUGUCUCCUUGUGUGCUGUGGCGUCUUGCAGCCGGUGGCACAAUGUAGCAAUAUCUGAAGCUGGUGUUCAUGCUGUCGUUCCACAGCUGAAAAUCAUGAUAAAUGAAAUCAUGAUAGUUCAGCAGCCCCUGUCCGUGUGUGUCCCAUACAAUUACACGGUCACUCUGAGUGUUCGGGCUGUGGGACUGGAGCCAUUACAAUACCAGUGGUUCCAGUCUGAAGAGGAAAUGGUUCCCGGUGGUACGAGGUCUGAUUUGGUCAUCAGCGCUCAGAGGAAGCAGUACUUCGUGUGCCGAAUCAACGACCAGCGGAAUAACUGCGUAUUCAGCAACUGGGUGAAAGUGAAGGUGUUAAAGGCUGAAGUUUUUACAGGUCUUCAUGCGUCAUGGCGGGGGGAACCCCAUAUUGCUCUACAGCCUGAGUCGCAGAGGGUCCAACGCAAGGGCCGCGUCACACUGCAGUGCUGGGCUUUCGGGAUCCCAGCUCCACAGUUGCAGUGGUAUCGCAAUGGGCUGUUACUGCAGGGAGCGACUGCUGAGACCCUGGAGAUUGAAGACGCAGUUGAAGAGCAUGCAGGGUCUUACCUCUGCUCUGCAUCAAAUGUCCUUGGAGAGGAGUGGUCAGAGUCAGCUGAGAUUAACAUAGCGCUUCCCGAAAACAUCACCUUAAAGAGACUAGCUGCAACUGACAAAGUGGCUUUGCUGAUCGGCAACCUGAACUACCAGCACCAUCCUGUGCUGAUGGCCCCCAUGGUGGACGUGCACGAGCUGUCGAACCUCCUGCGAGGGCUUGGCUUCAGGGUGGUGUCUCUGCUGGACCUCACCAAGGCCGAGAUGCUGGCGUCCAUUGAGAAGUUCCUGCAGCUGCUGGACAGAGGGGUAUACGCCCUCUUCUACUACGCAGGGCAUGGGUACGAGUGCUCGGGGAGGAAUUAUUUGGUGCCCAUUGAUGCCCCGCAGCCGUACCGCCCUGAGAACUGCAUCAGCGUGCAGCGGGUGAUGCGGCACAUGCAGGAGAAGCACACGGCACUUAACGUGGUCCUGCUGGACACCUGCAGGAAGUGGUAUAACCAGCACUGUGUCCCAUCAGAAAUUAAGUCCCUUGACCCUUUGGGCAACACUGUAUAUGGAUUUGCCACGUGCGAGGGCGCAGAGGCAUUCGAGGUGCAGGACGGCAGCCGGAGCACAGGCGUGUUCACCAAGUACCUGAACAUGAACAUCCUGCGUCCCGAGAAGAUCACGUGUGUCCUGGAGCGGGUGUCUGAGGAUCUGGGUAAAGACCCCCUGGUAACUGGGAAGCAGGUGAUGGAGAUCCGUCACACGCUGAAGGACCCGCGCUCGCUAGCGGAUCCCAUCAGCGCAGCGGGGCACACGGCCGAGCUGCGACUGCGCGACCAGUGCUGGAAGCAGGCCAACGAUUUACCGGCCCGGUGUUUAGUGACCUUCCCAUGUGGCGCAGUGGUGGAGCUCAGCUUCUCUGCACUCUUCUCCAACGUUCUGGUGGUGUUCGCCACGGUGAAGGACACAGGAUCCCAGGCCCAAGACUGCUCCGUUGCCCUGAGAAGUUCCCCUGCACUGGAGGAUAUUUUCUCCAUCGCUGGGUGGUCCGAUGAAAUGAACUCCCUGCUGCUGGACAGUACUGACGCUCCAGACUGCAGCCUGAGGCUGUGUGGUCUGCAGAAGCUCCAGAAACCCCUGAUGCUGACCGUGGAGCUGCACUACACUCGCGUCAGGCAGCACCAACGGCUCACGGAGAACAGGCAGCAGAACAUAGGGCGCCCCCUGGUGGCCCGCUGCGAGUUGUAUAAGAGGACAGUGGCGGAGGGGGCUGCAGCAGCAGUGGCGGUGGGCACCUUGCACACAGACCAGAAGCCGCGGCCCCGCCCACCAUCAUCACAGCCCUGUCGGCCUUCUACCCGGAAGGCAGAGAACGCUGUGGCUUGGCCCACCCAGAGCUCCUCCCCCAGGGGCAAUGAACCAGAGGAAAAUGAUGAAAGUGAGGCGUUGGGCUGGGCCCUCUGAAACACGCUCGGGCAUAGGGUCUGUAGUGGAACCCUGUGUCAGCCCACUAAAUACAAGGUUCAUCUACCACCUGGAAACAUUCUUUACUCCUCAAGAAACUCCUCCACAUUCAAAGUUACUUACUGAGAUACUCUUUCUGUCACUGAAAUAUGACUGUUGAGCUUCCCCCCAUGAUUCUUAUUUAAAUCAUUCCAUUUAAAAUUGAAAAUAAAUUAUGUUGAGUAAUAACUUUUAUCAGAUGUUUGUAAUCUACAUAAAAUGUGUGCCCUUAUAACAUUGCUGUUAUAUAUAUGUGAAUAUAAUCAGUUGUGUAUAUAUAUUACUGAUUUAAUCGUAGUAUUUCAUAGCUUGAACUGUGACUUAAUCACAAAUGUUUACAGAGAUGUAUCCUAGUUGGAAAGUCUUCAAAUGCACUUAAUCGCAAUGUUUGACAACGAAUCUUAAACUUUAGUACGACAAUAUUAUAGGUAGCUAAUUGCAUACAAUGGUUUUAAACUAAUUAAUUAGCCAGUGUGCUAUAUUGAAAGGUUUUUUUCGGUUGACGAGAAUCUUGUUGCUGUGCAGUACAGCCGAGCAGUUAACCUGAAUCGGUCCACCGUAAUAUUAAGAUAUAAUAGAAAUGGGUAAAAAAUGAUUUUUUAAGUAUCAACUAAGCAGCUAAUGCAAAAUACUUAAAUGAUAUAAGUAAUCCAUUUAUUUAUCAUAUAUUUAGCAUGUUUACUAAGGUCUACUCUGUGAAAUGAGUAGAUUCGGAGAAACUCUAAUGAUCAGUUUACCUACCUUAUGUCAGUCCUGUGUACUCAUCUCAGUGUUGUAACUCUGUGUAUAAGAUCAGCUGGAUAUUUUGAUUAAGUAUAUCGGUAUUGUAAUAUUUUGUUUUCAUAUCUCAAUGCAGAAUGUAUUUUAAAAAUUGUUAGCUUUUCUUAGCAAAAAUAAAAAAUGAAAACCAA